GCACUCCUCUUUUUCUGCAGCAACGGGGGACUUUGACUAAUUCUCGGUCGCGAUAGAAACCCUUUUUUAGUGCUUUGGGAAAUGUGUUGGUAGACACUAAUAGUUGAGUUGCAACCAUUAAACGCACAGUCAUUAAAUAUACCUGCGGAUCUACUGCAGAGGAGUUUUGACAAGCGAGGAUACGGCAGAGAACCUUUAAACAAUAAGGAUCUUCACAGAAGUGAACAAUGCUCAGACUAGAGACCAUCAUCUGCACUUUUUCUGUGCUGUCUGUUGCAGCGAGAGCUGAAUUUAAGGCACGGAACUGCAGCGAGGUGAGGGAGGCUUGUAUCGGGAAAGGCUUCAGCUUCGCACAUGUUCCUCUUCAGGAGAUCCCAGGGGAACAUCUUCGAGUUUGUCCUCAGGGAAACACAUGUUGCACCCAGGAAAUGGAGGACAAAUUUGGCCAGCAAAGCAAACAGGACUUUGAGAAUCUGGUUGAUGAAACGAGUUAUGAAUUGAGAACCACCUUUGUUUCCAGACAUAAAAGAUUUGAUGAAUUCUUCCUGGAGCUACUGGAGAACACGGAGAGGUCCCUGAAUGAGAUGUUCGUGAGGACUUACGGCAAGCCUUACAUGCAGAACUCUGAGGUCUUUGAGAACCUGUUUGCAGAGCUGAAGCGCUAUUACACAGGAGGGAAUGUUAACCUGGAGGAAAUGCUUAAUGACUUUUGGUCACGGCUGUUGGAGCGUAUGUUCACGCUGCUCAACUCCCAGUACGUCAUCACGGAGGACUAUCUGGAGUGUAUCAGUAAGUACACCGACCAGCUCAAGCCCUUUGGAGACGUGCCCAGGAAGCUCAAGGCUCAGGUUACCCGGGCAUUCAUCGCUGCACGCACAUUUGUCCAGGGGCUCUCUGUUGGCCGGGAGGUGGCUCAGAGGGUGUCGAAGGUCAGCAGCACUCCGGCAUGUAUUCGAGCACUGACCAAGAUGCUGUACUGUCCCUAUUGUCAGGCCAUGCCGGCGAUUAAACCCUGUAAGAACUACUGCCUAAAUGUUGUGAAGGGCUGUCUGGCCAAUCAAGCUGAUCUGGACCCAGAGUGGAACCUGUACAUUGAUGCCAUGCUGCUGGUGGCACAGAGACUGGAGGGACCUUUCAACAUUGAAUCUGUCAUGGAGCCUAUAGAUGUCAAGAUUUCCGAGGCCAUCAUGAAUAUGCAAGAUAACAGUGUCCAGGUCUCCAGCAGGGUUUUUCAAGGCUGUGGGAUGCCCAAACCCGCAGGAAUGACUAGGUCUACCCGUGGUGUUUCGGAUGUGUUCAACGCUCGCUUCAGGCCGUACAGCCCAGAGGAACAGCCUACCACUGCAGCUGGCACCAGCUUAGACAGACUGAGGAUUGUUUGGAAUGCGAUGCAACACAGUGUGGUUGACAUAAAAGAGAAACUGAAGCUGUCAAAAAAAUUUUGGUCCAACCUGCCUGAGGCGACGUGCGUGGAGGACAGAGUGACCGCUGGAAAUGCCAGCGAUGAGGAUUGCUGGAAUGGACACACCAAGGGCAGGUACUUCCCUGAAGUUCAGAAGGACGGACUGACCAACCAGGUGAAUAACCCUGAGGUUGGUGUGGACAUCACCCGCCCAGACACCUUCAUCCGCCAGCAGAUCAUGGCUCUGAGGGUGAUGACCAACAAGUUGAAAAACGCCUACAACGGCAAUGAUAUCUACUUUCAAGACUCAAGCGAUGAAGGGAGCGGCUCAGGCAGUGGCAGCGGCUGCACAGAGGUCUGCCCCACAGACAUGGACGGCAUUGCCUCCGAAGCCCCGAUGGUGGAAGCCGACCGGAGCGGGCCUGUGGAUGACUCUGCCCCGCUCCGUGCACCCUCUGUAGCCCUGCCAACCAUUCUGGCCCUCUCAGCCUUGGCACUCCACCGACAAUGGAGAUAAUGCUGGAGGAACCGGCUAAACAUGGACAGCAGGGUUUUCUUUUUUUUCUUUUUUUGCAGUUUUUGUAUUCAGGCAGAUUGGAGCUACAGUCAAGCAGACAGUAUUCAGGCUGCCAGCCUGGAGGCUAGAGGAGUCUGCUCUGAAAAAGAGAGCAGUCAUGCAUCAUGAUUUCCCACUUUCCCAAAGAUCGUGCAGUGCCAUCCUUAGACUUGACAUUUUAUGGCAUCACUUCACCAUCUAACACUGAUGCCGACCCAACAAACUCUGCUUCAGAGAUUUCUUGCACAUAUGGCAGGUAUUAAUGUAGGUCUCCAUGUGGAAAAAUAUAACACGCACUUUGAUUGUUUUGAUUUUUUUAAUGCAAAAAUUGUUUGUGUGUUGAAAAAUGUUGAGAAUGUUUGAUGCACCUAAAAGAGGCACAAUAGGUUUAAUAUAUGUAUAACAUUUUAUUUUGAGAAAAAAAAGGGUUUUGACAAAAAUUCAGGAACAUGUGGUUUCCACCUCAAAAAAUUUUGAUUGAAUCCUUGUUCCAUUGCCAUUAAAUCAUGUGCCAAUUAUUGAUUUAUGAUGAGAAGCGGUUGGAUAUUCAUAAAAAGUCAUCAUGAAUUCACAUUUGUUUUUAGAUCAGAUGUAGCCACUCGAUGAUGUCGUUUCUUGUUAUGUUUCACAGUAAUUUCAACCGUGACAUUUGGCAAGAUUGUGGGUUUAUUGUAAUCAUGGGUUGGUCAUGGAUCUGCUCUGUUCAACAGUCGUUUUGUGCUAAAACACUUUGUUAAAAGGGAUAAGAUUGACAUUUUUAUAUACUCAUUUGCCUUGCAACAAAUGUAUUAUCUGCAGAAUAUUCUCAUAUCAUGCUGGUUUCUUAAGCUUGGCUUCAGGAGGAGACAGCCUGGACAGAAUUAAUAUGGAGCAAUUACUGACACAGAGAAGGUGACAUCAAUAUAAAGUAAUGUCAUCAUAGUGAUGCUGGUUCUGUAGUGUUGUGGGGUCCUGGUGUGUAAGGCAUUUAAUAACAUCAGUGAGGGCUAAAUAAAUUCUAAUACAAACUAAUAUAAGAAGAUUUUUUUUUUUUUAAAUCAGUAGGGGUUCAUGCUCAUCAGUCAUCUAACUACUUAUAACUUUAUUUUACCUGUACACAAAGCCACAUAAGGAUAUACAAAAAUGAAUCAUUUUUAAAAUAUUUAAAACAAUAUGUAUUUUUCUCCAAACUGUAGCACUAUUUAUCAAUCUAAAUAGUUUUGAUAUGAGUUGUUCUGCCAUGGAGAUAUCUGCUUUAUCUCAAAUAUAAUGGAACUAUGUGUCUCUUUACUUAUCAUAAAACAUUUUAAGGAAACUCAACAGCAAAGUUUCUUUGCAGAAACCAUGACCCGGUUGCUCAAGACUUUGUUGUGGGCAGU